AGUAUAAAAGUCGAAGGCAUUGUGGUGAAUAUUGCAGACAUCUAUCGGUGGGCUUUCUUGUUGCAACAUUCUUCUCAGUAAAAGAAGUGCGACUACUAAGUGUUGAAUUAAUAUGUCGCGAUACCAUGUUUUAGUCGCAAUUGUGUUAACAAUUUGCUUUACCGCUCAUGUUGGUGCUCGACAAGGCUAUGGCCCUGGCGAACAAGAUUGGGGUUUUGUAGAUGUGCGCAAAGGUGCACAUAUGUUCUAUUGGCUUUACUAUACAACAGCAAAUGUGACCCAUCACACUGAACGUCCUUUGGCUAUUUGGUUGCAAGGUGGACCAGGUGCCAGCUCAACCGGUUAUGGUAAUUUUGAAGAAUUGGGUAUAUUAGAUCUUUAUGGCAAUUAUCGUAAUCACACCUGGGUUAAGGAUAUGAAUGUACUUUUUAUUGAUAAUCCCGUUGGUAGCGGAUUUAGUUAUGUAGACAAUGUACUAACACAGCUGACAUCUACUAACAAUGAAAUUGCUAAAGAUUUGGUAGAAUUUAUGAAAGGAUUUUAUGGAUUACAUCCUGAAUUUGAGAGUGUACCGUUGCAUAUCUUCUGUGAAAGUUAUGGUGGUAAAAUGGCACCAGAAUUUGCAUUAGAACUUUAUUACGCCAUACAACGUAAGGAGUUGCGCAGUAAUUUAAAAUCAGUUGCUUUAGGCGAUCCAUGGACCUCCCCAAUUGAUUCAGUAUUAUCUUGGGCACCACUGCUUUUGAAUAUGGGUAUUGUUGAUCAUGAUGGUUAUACUAAAAUAAUGGAAGCAGCUAAUAAAACCGAAGACUUGGUGAAUGCUGAAAAGUGGGUUCAAGCAACAACGCAAUGGAGUAAUACACAGCGUGUACUCUUGCAAGAAUCAAAAGGUGUGGACUUUUAUAAUAUCGAAAAACCUACACGUGGGGAUGCCUACACAAGGUUAUUACUGAGAAAUGCCGAUAGUAUGGAGCUCAUGUAUCGCACAUUGGUACAUUUCGAUAUUGAUGAAGACCGCGAUCAGUUGUUAGAAGAUUUAAUGCGUGGACCCGUUGUUAAGGCACUAAAUAUCACAUCGAAAGUUAAAUGGGGUGCACAAAGUGGUUCUACAUUUACAAGACAAAUGGGUGAUUUCAUGAAACCUGUUAUUCAUAUUGUUGAUGAACUUUUGGAUAAAACUCCCUUGCAAGUAGGAGUAUUCUCAGGACAAUUAGAUCUUAUUUGUGCCACUCCUGGUACAGUUAAUUGGAUCAAUAAAAUGAAAUGGAGUUAUAAAUCAAGUUACGAAGCAGCACCUCGUGUUGGCAUUAGUGUGGAUCGUAUUUUGGAAGGUUACGAGAAGAACGCUGGAAAUUUUACCAUGUUCUGGAUUAAUCGUGCAGGUCAUAUGGUACCAGCCGAUAAUCCCGCUGGAAUGAGUCACAUUCUAAAGAAUUUUACAAAUUUCGGUUAAAUUAAAUUGCUGUUUAUAUGUAUACUAUUAAUUAAUUAUUAAAAACGUAUAUAUCAUUUAA